AUGCGUGAAGAUGCAGGGGAAUGCAGGAGCACCAUCAACACCAGCCACAACAACUCCAACAGGAACAACAGCAGUACAGCAGCAACAACAGCACAGCAAUGGCAGCUCGGCAACAGCACCAGUCACAACAACUCCAACAGCAACAACAGCAGUACAGCAGCAACGACAGCACAGCACAACAACAGCAGUAUAGCAGCACCAGCCACAACAACUUCAACAGGAACAACAGCAGUACAGCAGCAACAACAGCACAGCAACGGCAGCACCAUCAGCACAAGGCACAACAACUCCAACAGUAACAACAGCAGUACUGUGAGCAGCAACAGCAGCACCAGCCACAACAACUCCAACAAUAACAACAGCAGUACAGCAGCAACGACAGCACAGCAGCAGCAGCACAUUCAGCACCAGCCACAACAACUCCAACAGCAGUACAGCAGCACCAUCAGCACCAGCCACAACAACUUCAACAGGAACAACAGCAGUACAGCAGCAACAACAGCACAGCAACGGCAGCACCAUCAGCACCAGCCACAACUCCAACAGUUACAACAGCAGUACUGUGAGCAACAACAGCAGCACCAUCAGCACCAACCACAACUCCAACAGUAA